AGACAAGAAAACAAAAAAAAAAAAAAAAAAAAGAAGAACAAAGACCGCAUCGAGCACAAUACCCAAAAUGUGCCGAUACUCGAUUAUUGGCGUAUUGAUAUUGCUCUUGGGGCACAUCAGCGCGAGUCUGGCUUCAUACGAAGACUUGGAUUCCAACGAGGUCUCUGAUGCAUCCUCGUCACCGGCAAGCGCUUCUUAUGAAGCCAAAGAAUACGAAGACGAGUACAAAGCGGCGCCGAUGUAUCGAAGGACCGUCGACUACUCGGGCGAGGAUGGAGUCCCGUUCGUUCUGCCCCAGGUGGACGACACGGUGGCGUAUUGGGAAUCCAUUUACGGAACUGACGACGUCCCGGAAUUCGAGGAGCCACCGCUGAUCGAGGGCGAGACGAUUUUCAUGGACCUGGACGACCUGGUGGAAGACGAAGUCCCGGAAACGAUCCAAGCGAAGAGACACGCUUCACUACCGAUAGAGCAUGGAGAAGAUUCCGAAGAAUCGCGACCCUCCGGGGACGCCAACUAUCAGACUCCAAUGGCGACCACUAACUGGCCGGAAUUUUACGAUGCAGAGUCACUGGGGAACUCUGAAAGUUCAACGGCGCUCAAUAGCGAUAAAGACGGGCAGGUUUAUGGGUCUGAAGAUUCUACGAGUGCAGUUUUUUUGUCGAGUUUUAAUCACAGUGUGAAAAGCACCCAGCGAUCGGAGUCGAGGAGUGCGGUUGGUAUGAGGGCUUCACUUGACAUUGAUGGUGAAAUGGAAAGUACGUUGGAGUCUCCGGAGAUGGUUCGCGCUCCCAUGGAAGCCAGAUCGAUCAAAUCGAACGGGCAAAUUGAAGCGUUGGGAAAUUCUAAGCUGAAGAUCAUUCAGGCGAAGAAGGACCUUGUGAGUUUAGCUGCCUCCGGCGCCAGUGAGGCCGAAAUCGCUGAAGCUGCGCAGAAGACAUUCGAGGCUAAGCAGGACCUCGUUGACUCGGUAAUAUUGUCGAAGGUCAGCGCGGUGCAGAGCAAAAAAGCAUUAGUUGAUUCUCUCGCGACAGGGGUUCAUCGUCAACGAACAUGUUGUUCGACUAAAACCAGAUCGCAGAGCAGGACCAGACACUCGUCUAAAUCGGUUUCAAACUCUAAGCGUAAAGUAAUUAAGGCGAAAAAAGAUUUUAUUCAAACAGCUGUCGGUGGGGGAAGCCAAGUGGAAUUGAAUGAUGCGUUAAUUGAAACACUCGAGGCGAAAAAAGAUCUGCUCGAUUCGAUAAUAUCCUCGCGAACAGAAAAUGUGGAAGGUGACGAACAAGAAUUUGGUUCCGCGAUCAAGGAUUUCGGAUUGGGCAGUUUUUUGAUGGAAAAUAAUCAGGGAAUUAGUCAAAUUACUAGUAAUGUCGACUUCCAGGGAUCACUUCAGUCCAUUCUAGACUUAAAACUAAAAGUACUUCAGGCGAAACGGGACUUGAUUCGCACAAUGGCUGAGAGAGGUAGUCAAGAGGAAAUAAAUGAUGCGUUAAUCAAAACACUCGAGGCGAAAAAAAACCUUCUGGAUUCAGUGGUGUCCAUUGGAGCACAGACUGUUAACAAUGGAGUAAUAGUUUCAACCCUGUUGGACAUUGGAUUGGACAGUUUGCUGAACGAAGAUGACCAAGUAAUUAGUCUAGUUGCUACCAAACUCCUAUCUCCUGUCGCACUUCAAACAUUUUUCGAAUUGACGCAGAUACUAAUUGAAGCAAAAGGGAACUUGAUCCAAAUAGCUGCUGCAAGAGGUAGUAAAUCGGAAUUAAUUGAAGCACUUGUCAAGACGCUAGCUGCCAAAAAAGAUCUUCUCAAUUCAAUAAUACCCGCUGGAUCGGUGAACCUCGACAAUGACACAGAAUCAGUUUCUCCUAGGAUUGAUCUUGUAUUAGCCACUAUUUUGAAUAGUGAUCCUCUACAAAAUAGUCAAAUUUCUGGAGAUCUUCGGUCAAUUUUAGAUUCGAAAAAAAAAUUGAUUCAGGCAAAGGGGAAUUUGAUUAAAACAGCUCUGGCAAGAGGAAAUCAAUCGGAGUUGAACAAUGCGUUUUUGGAAAUACUCGAAGCGAAAAGAGACCUCCUGAACUCGGUGGUGGCUAUCGCAGCAGAUUCUGUUGACAACGGAGAGACGGUUUCCGCUGUGUUGGACAUUGGACUUGACAGUUUAUUGAACGAAGACGACCAAGUAAUUAGUCAAGUUACUGCCGAUUUACAAUCUCGUGUCUCACUUGAAACGAUUUUACAGUUGAAGCAAAAAUUAAUUGAAGCGAAAGGGAAUUUGAUCCGUACAGUUACUGCCAGAAACAGUAAAUCAGAGUUAAUGGACGCACUUGUUAAAACGCUUGCUGCCAAAAAAGAUCUUCUCAAUUCGAUAAGACCCGCUGGUUCAGUGAACUUUGACAAUAACAAAGAAUCAGCUUCUUCUAGUAUUGAUCUUGGAUUAGAUACUAUUUUGAACAGCAAUUAUAAUAAAAAAGGUCCAAUUUUGGCUGAUCUUGAGUCCAUUUUAGAUUCGAAAAAAAAAUUGAUUCAAGCAAAGGGGAAUUUGAUUGAAACUGCUGUGACUGGCGGAAAUCAAUCGGAAUUGGGCAACGCAUUUUUGGAAACACUAGAAGCGAAGAAAGAUCUAGUUGAUUCAGUGAUAUCCCCGCCAAGCAAGACCAUUAAUAACGAAAAAGAUCCCAUUUCUGAUGCAAUAGAUCUUGAACCGGAUAGUUUUUUGAACGGAGACGAUCAGACAGCUGCUCCAAUUGUAAUUAAACUCCGACCCUCAUGUCAGUCAAAUUUAGACUCUAAGCGAAAAAGAAUCAAAGUAAAAAAGAAUUCGAGUUGUAAGAGUGCGUGUGAAAAUUGUACAACGGAAUUAUCUGAGGCAGUUACGAAAACAUUCGAUGCUAAGAAGGAACUGCUUGACACGAUGAGAUCUACUGGAACGUGUCGUGCUACUAAAAAAUCUUCCAACUCAGUCCGAGAGUCCGCAAUGGAUAGUUCCUCAAAAAAAAGUUUUAAAAAUGAGGGCCACAUUGUAUGCACAAGUUGUCAAAAAAAUAAAGCAUCACGACAAUCGGUAUCGAAUUCUAAGCGAAAAAUGAUUCAAGCGAAGAAGGAUUUGAUUCCGACAACUGUUACCGGUGGUUCUGAAGCAGAAUUGAGUGAAGCGUUAAAGAAAACGGUUGAUGCUAAAAAAGAACUACUGGAUUCGGUCACAACAGCUAAAGUCGAGACAACUAAUAAUGCGAGGGACUCUUGUCACGCAGAUUCCCUACAAUCGCUAAUAAAUUUGAAGAGAAAAUUGAUUCAGACGAAGAAAGGUUUGCUUGACGCAGUCACAACAGGAGGCAAUGCAGCCAACGUCAAUAACGUACUUAUUAAGGCACUCAAUGACAAAAAAGACCUAAUUGAUUCGAUAAUAUCACAAAACGAUCAGAUACAGGGCGAUUUAGUAUCGGGUUUGACACUUCAGAGUGCAGUUGACCCCUCAUCAACUUUAGAGGACCCUAAUUCAUCUGAGAAACUGGAUAGCCAAACGGAAGUUACUGGUGAAAUAACGACAAUACAAGAUGAGACCAGCUCUGUUCAAUCGACUUCAACUGAACCAAGCAACAUUGUUGUUGAAGAAGAAAUCGGAAUAUCGAGUUCUUCGAAUAACAUUAAUUGUGGUAACGAUAUCUCGCCGAGUGUGAACGAGAAAAUUCAAACUGAUGACAAGACCUCGAACGACUUACAAGGGAGUCUGACAAUAAGAUACAGCGGAAAUGACUCUUCGACAAGCUCGGGAAGCUGUGAGCUGUCUGGGGAGUUAGAUGAUGAAUUGGAAAUCAUCGGUGGAACGACGAAAAUUCAAAAUGAAGAAAGGUCUGCUGGUUCUAGCAGCAUUGUUGUUGAGGGAGAAAUCGGAAUAUCAACUUCUUCGAAUGCCGUCAAUCAAGGAAACGGCAUCUCUCUAAGUGUGAACAAGAGUAUUCAAACAGACGGUCAGACCUCGAGCGACUUACAAGGGAGUCUGACAAUAAGAUACAGCGAAAAUGACUCUUCGACAAGCUCAGGAAGCUGUGAGCUGUCUGGGGAGCUAGACGAUGGAUUGGAAAUCACCGGUGGAUCAACGAAAAUUCAAAAUCAAGGAAAUUCUCUUCAGUCGACUGUAGCCAGUAGUAUCGCUGUGUCGAGUUCUUCGAGUUCCGUUAAAAGUUCCAGUCAGAUAUCGUUGAGUGUGAACAAAAAAAUUGAGACUAACGCGCAAAUUUCCAGCAAUCUGGAGACAAAUUCGGCAACAAAAGAAAGUGGAAGAAAUAGCAAACCGGUGAACGUGGUUUUUCAAGAAAGUCUGGAAGAUGCAAAUUCUGCAAGUGAAAGCUCCAGCGAAGAGAUCAUUGAUCCCACAAACGCAGAAAUUGCGAGCACCAGUGAACUUUCAGCAUCUUUAAACACUGAAAAUCAUUCAACAACCGACACAGCUACAAGCAAUUCCAGAAGCGGAACGUCAGUUGAAUUGGAAAGCUCGUUGAAAGCCAAACCGGGAGAUGGCUUGCAAUUAAUUGAUUCAGAAUGCGCGUUGGGACAGUGUGGCGUAAGCGGAAAAUUGCACGUCAAUUUGAACGCUGAGAGUGCAAUAAACGUCCAAAGUGAGAGCCUCCCAGCGGUGUGUCUUGCAGAGCCCACACUCUCACUGAAUCUCCAAGAUGAGGAUCAAAUUUCACAGAACACCGAAAUUGAACUGCAAGGAGAGGCGGACCAACAGGAAUUGAUCCAAGAAGGAAACAACGAAGAUGCCGACGAAGACCCUGAACCAAUGCCAGAAACUAACGAAGAGCUGCUCACUAGUGACAACGAUAAUCAACCGAACAUUGACCGAACAUAUUACGGAGAGAAUACGCAAUACUCCACAGGUGGUGGCAUUUUUUCCAACGCUCAUCACCGUCUCAUAAACUUGGACGUGAACUGCACUGGAAAAACUGCAUUCAUGAACCCCGAGUGUCAGCAGCUGAACGCGAACCUGGGACAUCCACGAGAUUCAAAGAUGUCAAUCACCCUCCGCACCGUCAAAACGUACUUGAGCCACGGACAAGAGCUUGCGCAAGAAAUGCAGAAUCGUGCUAAGUGGCUCUGCGACAAAGGUUUCAUCCCUAAACUUCAUACACCAGCGAUGCUUCACCUCAUCAACAGCUUGGCAACUGAAAAUACGGUGGAAAUCAGUCAGAAGUCAGAGUUCUCCUUGUUUGGUACAAAACUUCUACAGCGCAGACUAUCCUCAGAUUUCGAUGUGACGCCAAACACUUUUCUGGAAUUCCUCCAGCACCAUGCGUUCCGCGUAAUUGGAACUGGGCUUUGCUACAUUCGUCCAAAACGCUGCCCAGGUAACCAGAUGUACAGAACUUUCGACGGCUCCUGCAACAACCAGGAACACCCCACUUGGGGGCAGGCUAAUACAGCAUUCGCCAGGGUUCUUCCGCCCCGCUAUUCUGACGGAGUUCAUGAACUGCCGAAAAGUGUCACUGGAGCAGAUUUGCCAAAUCCACGCCUGCUGAGUGUUCAGUGCUUUUCGCGAAACGGCGUGAGCGAUCGAAGACUGACUUUAGUCGUUGCUCAGUGGGGUCAACUACUCGCACAUGACACGGCUAUGCAGACGACUGACCAAACCGCCAAGGCCGGGAUACAGUGUUGCGCUGAUGGUAAGCAGCUUCCAAAAAGUCUGCAGCAUCACUCUUGUCUCCCGAUAGAAAUACCGAAGAAUGAUGAAUUUUAUUCACGAUUUGGAAGUGAGUGCAUGGAGUUCGUGAGGUCGAUGACAGUCUCGAGGGAGGAUUGCAGUCUGGGACCAGCCGAGCAAAUCAACACCGUGUCCAGCUAUCUCGACGCUUCGCAGCUCUACGGAUCGGACAAGGAAACUGCCGAUCGGCUCAGAGCCUUCGAAGGAGGUAGAAUGAAGGUGUCCCUCAGGCGUGGUCGGGAACUUCCACCCGUAAUGACCAACCGCUCACGCUAUUGCGAUGUAAUGAGUCCAUCGGAGGUCUGUUACCAAGCAGGAGAUGUCCGGGUGAAUCAAGUCCCUCAUCUGACUGUGCUACAAAUAUGUCUUCUGAGGGAGCACAACAGAAUAGCGGACGAGUUGCAGCGCCUGAAUCCGCACUGGGAAGAUGAACGCGUGUUUCAGGAGACCCGAAAAAUCGUGAUUGCUGAGUAUCAGCACAUCACUUACAACGAGUGGCUACCAGUUGUAAUCGGAAAGAAGUAUUGCCAGAGAUAUGGACUGACGCCACGAAAUCAAGGCGGGAUGUCGCGGGCUUAUGAUCCACGUGUCAGAGCGACAACGAUUAACGGCUUCACCACAGCGGCUUAUCGCUCAUUCCACUCGAUGCUGGACGGACAAAUCCAUCUCUGUCCGGCGAGCAGGGAGAUAUCGCACACUCUUCGCCUGAGCAAUCAUUACUUCCGUCCUCAGGUCAUAGAGCGAAAUAACAAUCUGGAUGAUCUGAUUAGAGGAAUGGUUACUCAGCCAAUGCAGAAAUCCGACAGCAAUUUUGACCCUGAGAUUACCGAAUAUUUAUUCCGGUCAAGGAGCGAAUUUGGCCUGGAUUUGAAAUCGCUCGAUAUCCAGCGGGGAAGAGACCAUGGCAUUCCGGGUUACAAUCGUUAUCGUGAAAUAUGCGGACUGACGUAUGCGACUGACUUCGACGACCUUCGUCGGGAAAUUCCACUUGAAAACAUCAAUAAGCUGAAAAAAGUCUACGCUCACGUAGACGAUAUCGAUUUGAUAGUCGGUGCAGUGAUGGAGAGAAAACCUCCUGGCAGCAUUCUUGGUCCUAUCGUGAGAUGCCUCCUUGGCGAGCAAUUCUACAGGAGCAGAAUCGGCGACAGAUAUUUUUAUGACAACGCCGAUCAGCCGCAUUCCUUUACUUCAGAGCAAUUCGAGGAAAUCAAGAAGGCCUCCCUUGCCAGACUUUUGUGUGACACAGGGGAUAAUAUCGAAGAAAUUCAACCAGAACCUUUCAAAUUAAUUUCGUGCAACAAUCCUCUCACAUCCUGCUCUGCUCUGCCACAACUUGAUCUUUCUCCGUGGCAAGAGACAGAAUGCAGUUAGAGAAGAUAUUCCGUCAUCCACUCGACCCUUUCGAUUGUGGCAAUAUGUAAACGUAAAAAUAUGUAUCAAAUCAUAAUAUAUUAUAUACAUUCAUACAUACGAAUAUCGCACAUUUUUAUUUAUUUGUAGACAAAUUAGAUAUUACGUGAUUUAGUAGACUUAUAAUAUAUCAUAUUUUUAUAAUGACCCGCGACUUUGUUUCAUGAUUAUUAUAAAUGUAGUAAACCCCCUAUAAUUUCGUAGAAGCGCAAGGUUUUCGUAAAAAAAAUAGUACCCAUAUUCAUUAUCGACAUGUGAAUUUUUGCACACCAGAACUCUAGAGAUUAUGCUUUUUUUUUUGCGUUUCUCAUAACACGGAUUGUGCGGGACGAUUAAUUUCGGCAUAAGUUAAUGACGAAAAGAAUCGUUUCAACCUUCAACAGAUACAUUUUAACGUCGGGAUCAAUGGUGUGCAUACCAAUGGCUCAAUUUUCUAUUUAAUUUUUCAGUAAUAAUAUAAAGCACAGCGGUCAGACAGUCUUAUGAACCGCGCAUUACCGCAGCCUCGUUCUACAUACGUAUACCUUCGUUAUGUAGUUUUAA